AUGAAUAGAAUAAUUUGUGUUAUAUCUUUUGCAUGUCUUGCAAUGACACAAGAACAAAAUGAAAGUUAAUCUAAUAGAUCAUUUUUAGAUUAUAAUUAAAAAGAAGUAGAAUAGAGUAAGAUUAUAUUUAGAUUGUAUUAGAUUACGAAAUGAUACUAGCAGAAGUAAAUGAAGAUAGACACAGAGUAUUUUACUUUCAUAAAUGGAGUAAUUUCAUAGUUUGGGGAAUCUUAGUUGAUAUAGGUUUGUUAGCUAAUCGAUAUGGAAUAUUCUUAAAAUAAAGAUUAAAUUUACAUAGUAUCAUAAUGGGUAUGUGUGUAUUGCCAACAAUGAUUGCUGAUAUUUUAAUGAGUUUGAUUUGGAAUCCACCAUAAUUCCAUGGAAAAGAGAAUCUAGCUUAUUGGCAUGCACCUAUUGGAUUUGCAUUUCUAGGUCUAAUGGGUUUAUAAAGUAUUGGAGGGUUAAUAUUAAAAUUUUGUAUUGAAAACAAGAAAACUUAGAGAACAAUUAAGAUUUAAUAAUUAUUUCAUAUCUAUUUAGGUUAUUUAAUGUAUUUGAUUGGUAAAGUGGAAUGUGGACUUGGAUUCUAUGAAGUAUAUAGUCACUUUGUUUAAGAUGGAAAAUGGAAUUUGAUUGGAUUUUGGAUUACUUAUAUCUUAGUAUUCUUUUGGAGAGUUUUUCUAGAAUUCUUCUAUUAAAAUGGAACACUCUUUUCUUUUAUCUUUCGAAUUUAAGAUAAGUAAUGUUGUUAACCUAAAACUAUUCAAGAUGCUUUAUUUGUAUAACAUCUUAUAUAAAAUGGUAAUAUCUAUAUUUUAUUUUUAGAUCUUUAAAGUAUUUAGAAUGAUUAUAAAGAUUAAAUGUGGUUUAUAUUUAAUAAUGAUAUUGUUAAUCUUACAGGGUUUAUUCAUCCAGGUGGAUAAUAUAUAUGGGAAAAAACAAAAGGAAGAGAAAUUUCUAGAUUUAUAUAUGGAGGUCAAGGUUUAGAAGAUGGAAGUUGUCCAGUAUAUAAACAUUCAGUAAAAGCCAUUUAAAUGAUCAAAUAGAAUACCAUUGGAAGAAUUAAUAACAUCAAUUUUGUUAUAUAAAAUAACAGCGUUUUAUAAUAUAAUACAAAUUUAUGGAAACUAAUUACAAUUAAUUAAAUAUCAUAAAAAAUUAGUUAUUUUGGUUUUGAUAAUGAGUUUAGAAAAAUUUCAUCAUAAUUAACAAAUUAUAAUUAAUUUGGAAGGUAUUAUCAAUUAAAAGUAUAAUCCAACUCUCUAAUACAUAUAAGAUAAUACACUUGUAUUAUGAGUAUGGCUCCUGAAAAUAUUUAAUAUAGAAAAUAAUUAAUAAAUUUCAUAGAUACCCAAUUAUAUACUAAAGAAGGUUUGGAAUAUAUUUAAUAAUAACCAAAGUAUUUAAAUGAAUUACCUUUAAUAAUCAAAAAAUAUGAUUCCAAAAAUGGAUUUUCAUAAUAUAUUCAUUAAAAUUAGUAUGAAUAAUAUGAAAUUACAGGUCCAUUUGGACCUUCAUUAUGUUUACCAAAAUAAGGCAAAAUUGUAAUAAUAUGUGGAGGAACAGGAAUCUUACCAUUUUUAGAUUUAUUAGAUUUUCUUUUAUAAUCUGUAAUUUAUUAAAUAGUCGAAAAAAGACUUGGAAAGGAUCUUGCGAAUAAACUCAAUCCAUAUGAAUCUGAAUUCCAUACUAAUUUGCAUAUUACACUUGUAUUAGCAGCUAACAAUAAAUCAGAAUUAAUAGGUUCUAAUAUUUAUUUUCCAUUAAUACACUUAUAAAAACUAUUAUCAUAAUAAUGUUUUAAGAUGAUACUCAAAAUUAAAGAAUGGACAGAUGACGUAUGUUGUGUAAAUGAAAGAUUUAAUAAGGUCUUUUUCUAAAAACAUAUUGGAUUUAUUUCAUAAUAUCAUAAAUUCUAUAUUUGUGGACCUCCCUCUAUGAAUAAGACAAUACCCAACAUUUUAAAAGAUUUAGGAGUACAAGAAUAAAAUUUACAUUUUGUUUGA